AGUUUGUUGUCAGACUUCAGCCUCUUGUCAGGAUCAGCUGAUGGUUUCCUUUCCUCCUAUUUUCAAUCACUUUAUACUUGAGAUAAAUAACCUGAAGGACAUUUUUAGCCUUCUCAUGGCUGGAAAAGGCGUUUCGACCAAACUGGACGUUGGAGUUUUAAGCUCUGAGCAGCAGGAGAAGCUGAAACAGUUUAAGAUCAAGACGAGAAUCGAGAACGAGAAAUAUCUGAGGUCUCAUCCAGAGGUCGAGGUGCUGAUCGGCGACUUUCUGAGAGACCUGCUCCUGAAACGGCCGGCUGACGUCCGUGAGUUUGCAGCUGAUCACUUCACAAACCCAAACCUUCACGAGACUGUCAGCCCCAAAGUGGAAAGCAGCAGCAACGUGGAGUAAAACCCAUCUGACAGCUUCAUCUGUGGACAUUUGAUGUGUUUUUGCAGCUGUAUGAUGCUGAUAAGUUUGUGUCCAGGAAGCAGAAUAACAGGGAGGACGGUAGCAGCCUUUUCCUGAUUACAUCUGAUGAGAAGCAGACGUCCUGAGGGUACAACAUGUUCGCAUGCAUGACUGUAAACGGGCUAAUUAAAGGGUUUAAUUGUGUCCAGUUACUGUUGCCGUGCGGACGUUCUGGACUCAUUAAUCUCAUAUCUGCUCGGCUGCAUGGAUUAAAGCUGUAGUAGGCAGAUAUCUGAUAAUGUAUUCUGCUCUUCUUUCUAUGUUCUGAGCCCACAAAAUGAAAAUAGCCUUCAAAAGCACAAACAUUGGAAAGCUAGAAGUCCACAUUUAGUUGUAGCUUCACCUGUUUAUGGUCUCAGCACCUGGUUUUAAGACUUUUUGAAUUUACUAUUAUGUUAAUUUGGUAAAUUAUGGUCUAAUUUAGAGGAAAACGGAUAAUGAAGCAGGACAUGUGAUUUCUCCAGUCAGAAAUGCCCUUCUGUUACUAGGUUUGGUUUCAAUAAAGCAAGAUGGUGACAGAUUUAUUUAGUUUUUUUUGUAACCUUUUUGUAAUACCGAGACCUUAAGCCUGCAUUCUUUCUAACAGCCAGCAGGGGGCGACUCUUCUUGCUGCAAAAACAAUCUGAUUGUAUAAAAGUCGAUAAGAAAAUGA